GGGAAACGGCCGGGGGCGGGCCCGGGGCGGGCGCGGGGGCGGGGGCCCGGGGGUCCCCGCGGCUCUAAGGGAGGGGGGAGAAGCCCAGGGAGCAAAGGGGCAGGAUGACCGCCCAGCGCGCAGGCGGCACCCCCGGCCCGCCCGGCGCCCCGCCGCCGCCUCCUCUAGAAAGUUCUGCGGCCGCGGCUCCGCCCAGCCCCUCCCCCGCGGCGGGUGGGACCAAUCGCGCCCCCGGGCGCGCUGUCCCCACCCCCUCGGGCUCCCGCGCCCGGCUCGGCGGCGGGCUGCGGGCGGGCGGGGGCAAAGGUGCCGGGACUCGGCCCGCGCCCGCGCCCGCGCCCGCUGCCGCCCCGACCCGCUCGCGCCCGCUCGGGCCCCGCUGCCCCGGCGCCAACGGCGAUGACCGCCGAGGAGAUGAAGGCGGCCGAGAGCGCGGCGCAGGCGGCGCCGCUGCCCCUCGGGGGAGUGGACAUCAGCCCCAAGCGCGACGAGGGCGUGCUCAAGGUCAUCAAGCGAGAGGGUACGGGCACCGAGACGCCCAUGAUCGGGGACCGCGUCUACGUCCACUAUACGGGCUGGCUUGUCAAUGGCACCAAGUUCGACUCCAGUCUGGACGGGAAGGACAAAUUCUCCUUCGCCCUGGGAAAAGGGGUGGUCAUCAAGGCCUGGGACAUUGCCGUGGCCACCAUGAAGGUAGGGGAAGUGUGCCACAUCACCUGCAAACCGGAAUAUGCCUAUGGCUCAGCCGGCAGCCCUCCGAGUAUCCCCCCCAACGCCACGCUGGUGUUUGAGGUGGAGUUAUUUGAGUUCAGGCCAGAGGAUCUGACCGAAGACGAAGAUGGUGGAAUCCUCCGAAGAAUAAGGAAGCUCGGCGAAGGCCACGCCAGACCCAACGAGGGUGCUAUUGUGGAGGUCGCCCUGGAAGGGUCCUACAAAGACCGGGUUUUUGACCGGCGGGAACUGCGCUUUGAGAUCGGCGAGGGAGAAAGCCUGGACCUGCCGUGCGGGCUGGAGAAAGCCCUCCAGCGCAUGGAGAAGGGCGAGCAGUCGGUGGUGAGCCUCCGGCCCAGCUAUGCUUUUGGCAGUGUCGGGAAGGAAAAGUUCCAGAUCCCCCCCAAUGCCGAGCUCAAGUAUGAGGUGCACCUCAAGAGUUUUGAGAAGGCCAAGGAGUCUUGGGAGAUGAACUCGGAGGAGAAGCUGGAACAGAGCGCCAUAGUCAAGGAGCGGGGCACUCUGUACUACAAGGAAGGCAAGUACAAGCAGGCAGUCCUGCAGUACAAGAAGAUCGUGUCCUGGCUGGAGUACAAGUCGAGCUUCUCGAAGGAGGACGCACCGAAGGCCCAGGCGCUCUGCCUGGCCUCGCACCUCAACCUGGCCAUGUGUCACCUGAAGCUGCAGGCCUACUCGGCUGCCGUCGAGAGCUGCAACAAGGCCUUGGAGCUGGACAGCACCAACGAGAAGGGCCUUUUCCGCCGGGGCGAGGCCCACCUGGCGGUGAACGACUUCGACUUGGCACAGGCUGACUUCCAGAAGGUCCUGCAGCUCUACCCCGGCAACAAGGCCGCCCGGGCCCAGCUGGCCACGUGCCAGCAGCGCAUCCGCAAGCAGCUCGCCCGGGAGAAGAAGCUGUACGCCAACAUGUUCGAGCGGCUGGCCGAGGAGGAGAGCAGGGCGAGCACUAUGGCGGUCUCCACAGGGGACACGGAGAUGAAGGAGGAGCAGAAGCAGAACGUGGCCGGGAGCCACCCUGAGGUGAAGACGGAAGCAUAGCCUCGCCCGGGCCCGCUACCUCCCUGCUCCCGACCCCCCUCUGCCCUCAUAGUUUUGUAAAACUGAAGAAUUUUGAGUGACUUAGACCUUUAUUUUUCUAUACGAUUGGAUGGUGGCUUUCGGGGAAGGGGGGAAAGGAGCAGGCUGGGGAGGAUCGAGCUGGGGUCGCCCCCCUCUGUCCUGCCCCCAUUUACACGUGUCCAGUGAACGUCCAUCCGCAUACACUCACCGGGAUGUUAAUUUAUUUUGCUCCCUCCGUUUCGCGCUGUCCAGUUUCCAGUUAGUCCGAGGGGGUGAGUGGUAGGGAUGGGGGGUGGGGGUCCGGUGUGAAACCAUGCUGCAGAGGGGAGACCCUUGGAGGCAGCCAUUUUUUCCCUCUUUUUUCCUCCGCCGGUCUCUUUCCGGACACGGGGUCUCUCUCUCUGGGUGCUAGGGGCGUGGGGGAAACCACCGCUGAGCUUGCUCCCUCUCUGUCCCCUUCCUCGCCCCCCCCCCAACAAUGUGACUGAGGAUGGCUUCUGGGACCUUGUUCCCUGCCCCUCCCACUGUGCGCUCCCCCCCCACGCCAUGCCUCCCCCCCAUCUCCUCAUCAGCUUCCCUUCUCAAGUCAUGGCCUCACCCCACCUCGCCUCAGCCUCUUCUGCACGUUUCUGAAGGUCCAGGCUCAACCUCAAGUUCCAUGCUUGAGCAAUAAAGUGGAACAGCAAAG